AUGAGUGUCCCCGAAGCACCCCAACCUGUUCAAGACUAUGAAGUCUACAAUGACUCUGGAGACCUGGAGAAGAAGCCAUACCCGACAGAACCGAACGAUGAUCCUUUUGGAAAUGAAGAAUCUGGGGAAGUGAAGUAUCGUAUUAUGCCAUGGUGGCAAGCUGGAAUGCUUAUGGUUGCCGAAAAUAUCUCGCUUGGUAUCUUGUCUCUUCCUUCUGCGGUAGCAACACUUGGAAUUGUCCCCGCGUUUAUUCUGAUUAUGGGAUUAUCUGGCAUCUCAUGGUACACUGGAUACAUCAUGGGUCAAUUCAAGCAACGCUACCCCCAAGUGCAUAGUAUGGGUGAUGCCGGAGAGCUUCUUAUGGGGCCUAUCGGACGAGAGAUCUUUUACGUCGGCCAGCUCUUGUUCAUCAUCUUCUUGAUGGCUAGUCACAUUCUCACCUUCUCUGUGUUGUUUAACACAAUCACCAACCACGGAACUUGCACCAUCGUCUUUGGUGUUGUUGGUUUGAUCGUCAGCUGCAUUGCAGCCCUUCCGCGCACCGCCGAGAAGGUCUUCUGGAUGUCCACUAUCUCCGCUCUUAGUAUCCUGAUUGCCACCAUUGUCACCAUGGUCUCCAUCGGCGUCCAGGCCCCCGACAACGUCCAGAACGACAUCACGACAUCUCCUACUUUCCAGGAAGCUUUCCUUGCGGUCACCAACAUCGUCUUCGCCUUCAUUGCCCACGUUUCUUUCUUCGGUAUUAUGUCAGAAAUGCAAGACCCGAAGGAAUUCCCCAAGUCUCUGGCUAUGCUGCAGAUUGUCGACACUACUAUGUAUGUCGUGACUGCCAUGGUCAUCUACUGCUACGCUGGCCCGGAUGUAGCAUCUCCCGCUCUGUCAUCCGCAGGACCUGUGAUGAAGAAGGUUGCUUACGGCUUGGCCAUCCCCACGGUUAUUGUUGCCGGUGUCGUGUUCGGUCACGUUGCUUGCAAGUACAUCUACGUUCGAAUUUUCCGAGGCGAGCGCUCGCACCACAUGCACCAACGGAGCUUUUUGGCCACCGGUACUUGGGUCGCAAUUGGCUUGAGCACAUGGACCGUUGCAUGGAUCAUUGCCGAGUCAAUUCCGGUGUUCAACGAGUUGCUGAGUUUGAUUAGCUCUUUGUUCGGAAGUUGGUUCAGCUACGGAAUGCCUGCCAUUUUCUGGCUCGUCAUGAACAAAGGAAAGUGGUUCUCGACACCUAGCAAGAUCGCUUUGACUAUCCUCAAUGUGAUUAUUCUUGGAAUUGCUAUUGCUAUUUGUGGAUUGGGACUAUACGUCUCGGGUGUUGCUAUCAACGAGAGUUCUUCCAAGGCCAGCUGGACAUGCGCCAACAACGCUACCUAA